GUAACCGUACGGAAUGCGGGUUUCACCUCUGGUCACACCCUGCUGCUAGCUAAAUAUAUUGCACAUUUUGCUAGCAAGUUUGUUUUAUCGAUCUGAGUACUAGGCUUUAAGUCGAGAUAUGUUGAUAAUUGGGAGAUGUACAUACCUGAAAGUUCUCUUGAAAACAUACCGUCUGUGGAUUAUAAGACAGCUCCUAACUCCCUUUGGGCGUAAUUUAAAGAGCGUUAAAAUAGGAUUAGUGGUAAUUUUCAGCGAAAAACUGUACAAUUUGGCAGGUAAUGCCAUAAAACGGCAGAUGUAGGAAAAAGGAAAGGUUUUUCCAUGACGAUAUUUAUGACUGCGUAGACAUUGCACACCAAUCACUGGCAUAUAAAUAGUUGCCUGAGGCUAAUGGAAAUCAGUUGCAUGCCAACAAUUUCAAGCAACGCAAUAUUGCCUUUCCGAAUAUUAAGCCUUAUAUAAUGUCGAGCACCAAGACGGAGACCACCCAAAUUUUGCAACGCCUUAACAGCCUAAGAAUUGUAGAAGCGAGGGACGACAUCAAAAGAGAAUGCUUCUCAUCAUUGGCACCAGCUACUCCCAGCGGCGGGGGACAAGGAAAAUUUCAAACGGAGCCCAAGAAACGACGCAAGAUAAAACUAAAUCGAGUCUACACCUAUGAGACGGAUGCGCACUUUAUCAAGGCUCGCAAGUCUUUAAACUUUUAAUCAAGAAAAAUACAACAAAAUCCUGAUGUAAUCAUUAUAUUGUAAGCAGCACUGAUUUCAAAUCAAAAAUACGUGUUCAGCACAAUUACAAUAAAGAAUAUUUUAAAUAUAACAAGGUUCGCGGCUUUUGUCUGUCAUCGAUAUUUCC